GCGCCUCACGCGCGCGCGGCGGGAGCGUCCGGGUCCCGGGCACGAGGUGGAACACGAGGGGCGCCGGCCGAGGGGGGCGGCUCCUUGACGGCGCCUCCGCGCCCCCGGCUCACCGCGGCUCCCGGGAUGCGCGGAGGCGGCGGCGAUGGCGGCGAUGGCGGCGAUGGCGACGGGGCCUGGGGCCCUGCAUGCUACGGGGCGGCGGGCCGAGCUGAGGUGUCGGCUGAGAGAUGGAGGAGGAGGGUCGGCGCUGCGCCCACCCGGCAGGCUCAUCUGCCUUGGGCCUCUUUUGUCCCAUAUCACUCAUCUGUGAGUUGAAACCCUGACUCUUCCCACUGAACAUUUCUGGAGAACAGCAGGAAGGGGCAUUUCUCUCUGAGGAUGAACUCGACAGACCCCCUUCCGGAUACCUCCAAUGCCACGGCGCUCCCCAUGCCUGCCUGGCGGGGAGCAAACAGCUCCUCUCUGCAGGAGGAUCUUCAGGAUCUCAUCCACACAGCCACCUUGGUGACCUGCACUUUCCUACUCACCAUCAUCUUCUGCCUGGGCUCAUAUGGCAACUUCAUUGUCUUCUUGUCCUUCUUUGAUCCGGCCUUCAGGAAGUUCAGAACCAACUUUGAUUUCAUGAUCUUGAACCUGUCCUUCUGUGACCUCUUCAUCUGCGGAGUGACUGCCCCCAUGUUCACCUUUGUGUUGUUCUUCAGCUCAGCCAGAAACAUCCCAGAUGCUUUCUGCUUCACCUUUCAUCUCACCAGUUCAGGCUUCAUCAUCAUGUCCCUCAAGACGGUGGCAGUGAUUGCCCUGCACCGGCUCCGCAUGGUGUUGGGGAAGCAGCCAAAUCGGACCUCCUCUUUCCCCUGCACCUUGCUCCUCACUCUACUACUCUGGGCCACCAGCUUCACCCUGGCUACUUUGGCUACCCUGAAAACCAACAAGUCUCAUCUUUGUCUCCCCAUGUCCAGUCUAAUGCCCGGAGAAGGGAAAGCCAUUCUAUCUCUCUACGUGAUCGACUUCACCUUCUGUGUGGCUGUGGUUUCUGUCUCUUACAUCAUGAUUGCUCAGACCCUGAGGAGGAAUGCUCAAGUAAGGAAGUGUCCCCCUGUCAUCACAGUUGAUGCUUCCAGACCACACCCUUUUAUGGGAACCCACGUGAAGGGAGGUGGAGAUCCCAUCCAGUGUACCAUGCCAGCCCUAUAUAGGAACCAGCAUUACAACAAGCUGCAGCAUGUACAGACCCAUGGAUACACCAAGAGUCCCAACCAGCUGCCAACUCCUGCAGCCAGCCGACUGCAGCUGGUAUCAGCCAUCAACCUCUCCACGGCCAAGGAUUCCAAAGCUGUGGUCACCUGUGUGGUCAUUGUGCUGUCGGUCCUGGUGUGCUGUCUUCCACUGGGGAUUUCCUUGGUUCAGGUGGUUCUGUCUAACAGUGCGAGCUUCAUCCUUUACCAGUUUGAACUUCUUGGAUUUACCCUUAUCUUUCUCAAGUCAGGACUGAACCCUUUUAUCUACUCCCGGAACAGUGCAGGACUGAGAAGGAAAGUGCUCUGGUGCCUCCAAUACAUAGGCCUGGGCUUCUUCUGCUGCAAACAAAAGACUCGACUUCGAGCCAUGGGAAAAGGGAAUUUGGAAGUCAACAGAAACAAAUCCUCCCAUCAUGAAACAAAUUCCGCCUACAUGUUGUCUCCCAAGCCACAGAAGAAAUUUGUGGACCAGGCUUGCGGCCCGAGUCAUUCGAAGGAAAGCAUGGUGAGUCCCAAGAUCUCUGCUGGACACCAACAUUGUGGCCAGAGCAGCUCGACCCCCAUCAACACGCGGAUUGAACCUUAUUACAGUAUCUAUAACAGUAGCCCUUCCCAGGGUGAGAGCAGCCCAUGUACCUUGCAGCCAGUGAACUCUUUCGGAUUUGCCAACUCGUACAUUGCCAUGCAUUACCACACCACUAAUGACUUGUUGCAGGAAUAUGAUAGCACAUCCGCUAAACAGAUUCCAGUCCCCUCUGUUUAAAGUCAUGGGGGCUGCAGAAUCUUCUGUAAGUGAUUUACUGUCAUAGACUGAGUCUUUCUUAACUUUUUGGCAUCACUAUCAGACCAGAAUUUAAUGAUUUUGCUGAAGAAUUGACAGUGAAGACUUUUCUUUUGCCUGAAAUACUUACUGUCUGUUGGUUUGCUUUGUAGUUUCUUGACACCUUAAGAUUUAAUCUGAAAGUUUAUUUAGACCUUUACCUUGACCUGUGCUCCCAUCUUUUUUACCAUACCUGUGAGUGGGCCAGGCAUAAUCACCUGUUAAAGUAGAAAAUCAACUGAGUAUGAUUCUUUGAGCCAAUAUUAUAGAUUUUAUAGCUCUAUGUUUUUGAAUUUUUAGGAGAAUGUGAAGAUACAAUCCUUGCUGAGGUGUUACGAGUACUUUUAUUAGCUGAAUUGUGAAUUUUGAUUCUGUGGAGUAAUAACCUGGGAAAUAAUAUGCUUUUUUUGAUGAUAGUUUGAUUUGAGUGUGUCACCUGUAAUUCUCUCCUUACCAAAAGUACUCACACAGGCAGUAGGUACUUUCCUUACGAAGGACAGUCAAAUAUAACAAUUGUUGUCUUUUGUUAUUUAGACUUUAUUUUGUGUCGAGUAGCUUGAUCAGUCUUUUAAAAUGAAAGGUAUCUUUGCUUCUUAAAGUGAAUCACUCUGUUUAAAAGUAAUCUUAUCUGAGAGUCCUGUUAAAGAACACUCUGGAGG